GUCUAUGAUAUAGAAUAAUUAGAUGUACUUAUUCUAGAAAUUAUAAAUUGUAUUAAACUUGAUGAAAUGAGAAUAAUACAUCAAACAUAAAAACAUGCUAUUUGCUUGUUAGAACAUCAAUAAUAUAGUAAAUUUCGUUACGAGGUAAUACUUCAAUAGAUGUAUUAUAAAAUGCAUCCUAAAUUAAGGUGAAAUGGACAUUAAACUACGAACUGUAAAUGUUUCUACCGGCCGUUGAUUUCGCUAUCUACGAUGCUGGGUGCAUUGUUCUGUUGAUAGAAUGGAUGAGAGGAAAAGGCAGAGAGGUAUGUAUGUAACUGCCCGCCAAAAGAAGAAGCUCAUUGAAUUUGUAACGAAGCACCCACAAUUAAUAACUUGUAAAGUAACACAAGAAUUCAACUAUAGAGACUCACAGAAACUGUGGCAGACUAUUGCGCACGAGUGCAAUUCCAUCCCUGGGCCCGGCGCGCGCAAGACUUGGAGGCAGUGGAGAAAAACGUGGCAGGAUUUACGUUCAAAAACUAAGAGGAAAGCUGAAAUCAAUGGUGAAGUGCCAUCAUCUGCGAUGAUGCUCACACCAGCAGAACAGGAAGCUUUAGGUCUCAAAAACGUAUCAUCAACAACCAGCUAUCAAGAGACUACAGAAUUCGUCCAGAUGGAUCAGGACAAUUCAAUGGAUAACUACAAGAAUGAAAUGGAAUCAGCUAUUUCGUUCAGUGAACCAGAAUCUCCACCUGAAGUUAAAGUGUUUACUCCCACCACAGACAAUAAACGUAAAAUGAAAAGCUCAAAACGUAGUUCUAAGCAUUCUGAUAACUGUUUCGCCAAUUGUGAUCUGUUAGCUACUUCGGAGCAACGGAAAAUAGACUUAAAAGAGGACUAUUUUAAUUUCAAAAAGGAUUACUUGAGACAAAAACUAAAAUUAAUGAAAGAACAAACCGAGGCUCUGAAGAGUAUUGCUCGGGAACUAUCAAAGUGAUAUUUAAAUUAAUUCGUAAUGGACAAUUAAUGAAACUUAAAUUUAAU